AUGGAACUAUCCAAUGGCACAAACCCCACGAAACCAACAUCCUCAACUAGUCGAAUCGCCAUACUCGAUCAAGAUGCACUUCUUCUCAGCCUGAUGACCAAGAUCCGAGACGCAAGCACAUCCCACCGAGACUUUUGUUCUGCCGUUGAUAGAAUAGCCCAGCGGCUAAUCACUUUAGCACUCACUCAUGUUCCUUCGGAGUCUCAUAACAUAACAACGCCGACAGGUGCCACCUACAUGGGAACUCGACAUACCAAGGGAGUAUGUGGAGUGAGUGUCCUCCGAGCAGGCGCUAGCAUGGAGCAUGCGUUGCGAAGUACUUGGAUGGGUCCACUGAGCCUCGGACAUAUUCUAAUCCAACGAGACGAGCAAACCAGCAAAGCACAGCUGUAUUAUUCGAAACUACCACAACAUAUCAAAGAUGAUGUGGUGUUACUCCUUGAACCAAUGCUAGCAACCGGAGGCUCAGUAAUCAAGGCUGUGCAGUCACUAAAGGACUACGACGUGCCUGAGGCCUCCAUUGUUCUCGUCAACGUAGUAGCUUCGAAGAAAGGGCUUGAUGUAGUGUCGACGACCUUUCCUGAGUUGAAUAUUGUGUCGGCGGCCGUGGACUCGGAUCUUACUGCUGAGAAUUAUAUUAGUCCUGGAGUGGGUGACUUUGGAGAUCGGUAUUAUGGUACUUAG